AUGGGAAUCACGUCCAGGGAUAACUCCACCCCGGUGUUCCUGUCUCAAAACAUCAGCCACCACCUGACUGGCACCGCACGCACCAUAGGAGCUGCACUGGUUGGACACUUUGGUAAACACCAAACCAUUCAUUCAAAUUAAUGUGGUGGACUUAACUGUUGUGGAAGACGUGUGAAGUUGUAUUUGUGUAAAGGGAAACUUUAGUAUUCGGAUCAUAUUAUUUUCUAAGACUAACAAAAUACACAGUGAACUGUUUAACUCUUUACACUCGUGGGAAUUGGCCUAUAUGGAUAGGGCUAAAUUGAAAUGUUUCUUACAGAAGAAAUAUGAAAUGCAUAACCAUGGUAGCAAUUGAAAGGGAACAGUUUGGAGAUAAGGUGAGUACACAACAGUUCACCUGACACAAGGCUGAAUCCAAACAUGGCACUGUUGAUUUUAUGUGCAUUUUACAUUUACUGUACUUUUCGCCGCAUUUGUUGAUCACGAAAUCUGAAAAUACACUGGAUAUAUUCAGUAACAUUUCCUGGAAAAUGUGGGGUAGGUGCAACAUAAGACAACAAAAUGACAAGGGUUUGAGUGAGAGGACUAACUGGUGUCUCCAAGUGACCACACACCUCUCCAAAGUGUGCACAGUUCCUAAGCAAUUUUUAUGACUCAAAGAAGAGUCUUUAACUAUAAGGUACUUUCUUGAGCUCUCCUAGCUGUGCCGUUGAGGAACUAGAGCAAGCACACUUGUAGUUGUUUUGUUAGGAACACAACUCUGCAUCCCCGCCAUCACACAAUUACUGUUGUUGUUUACGCAAUCCAAAAAGUGUCUAUUAUAAAUCGCAAUAUGGGUCAGGUGGGCAUGAUUUGAAAGCCUGUGCUAAUGCCAACAUGACUAGCUAAGUUAUAAAAUACGAUCUUACAGUGCUAGGCUUUCACAAGGCAAUUCACAGAAACAGAUCGUAAUUUUGGUGCGCAUAGAAAGGAGUCAUGAGUGCAUUCAGGGACGUGUGAAUUUUCUUCACAAUAAAUAAACAUAUAAGGUCAUUCUGUUCAGAACAGCCCAGGGUAUGAUGCAGUGGCGGUCAGUGCCGUUUAAGAUGAGGGACGCCAAUUUUUUUUUUUCAUGACCCUGGCCUUAUUUCUAUUACAGCAUAUUGGAUGACUCUCAUUCAUAUUCCAUUCACCCAGUUCAAUGUAACAGCAAUAGGUUUAGGCUACUACAUGAUACUCACAUUUUCCCUAUACCCAUCAUGAGGCUGCUACAACCUAUGAAUAAAAGUUUACAACGUUGGUGCACACAGGUCGAGAGACAAAUUUGAGGUGACAGACAGUGACACAUGGACAGACAGUGACAUUCAAUACCGCCUUUUGCAAACUCUUGCCUGCAUCUAGCUGAUAUUGGGUGUAACCAUUAGUCCAACAGUUGCAAACGAGAGUUUCUAUUGGACAAAUUCAGGUAUGUUUAUCCCCGUUUUGUUCCAUUUGCUUCCAAAUAAGAAAGGUUUUUCAACAGAAUCAGCGGAAUGAAUACACCCCUGAUCACGCGUAAACACAGUUCACUUUCAUAGCAGCCACUUUGUAUUCCUUCUCACAUCUAUGCACUUUCCUCCUCUCACCUCUUCCCUUAGCUUGUAGACUUCAAUGCACAACACAUCAGCUGUAUGUGACCAGGUGAAAAAAACCUUUCCAAGCCAAACCGCUACACACAGCCUACAUUGUUGUCAUCAUAUUAGCUAAAGUAACGUCAUAGUCAGCAUAGCUAAUAGAACUAACGCUUUAGUAAAUCCGCUACAAUCAUGCAGUAACAUUACAGUGUACAGUCAGUAAGCAGUUACACUGGCGGGCCCAAGUGGCAAUAAAUUAGUAAUACCAAAAGCUUACCUUGACUUGGUAGAGUUCCAUUGUUGAGUUGGAAAGUCAUAGCCAGCUAGCUUACAUAGCAUCACUCUGUUUGAGCAGGGUGUUUCAGUAGGCUAAACUAGCUAGCUGCAUUUUCUAGCUAAGUAAGUGAAACUGAAAGUGAAAAAAAAUGACAAAUUCUUUCUCUCUCUAUUUCUCUCUUGCUUCUGCUUCAUUUUGGAAGAAAUUAAUUUGUUCAGAACUGUUCAACUAUUGUCUUUCACUCUCUUUGAGUCAACUACUCACCACAUUGUAUACACUUCAGUGCUAGCUCUUGAUGCUGCAAGAGCUCUGAUAGGCUGGAGGACGUCCUCCGGAAGUUGUCAUAAUUACUGUGUAAGUCUAUGGAAGGGGGUUAGAACCAUGUGCCUCCUAGGUUUUGUAUUGAAGUCAAUGUACCCAGAGGAGGACGAAAGCUAGCUGUCCUCCAGCUACACCAUGGUGCUACAGAGUGCUGUUGAGGCUAUUGUAGAACUUCUUUGCAAAAUAGUGUGUUUUAAUCAAUUAUUUGGUGACGUGAUUAUAUUUAGUAUAGUUUUAUCUAAAAAGGAUAACUUUUUUUAUGUUUUACAAUUUAAAUUUUUAUGAAAUUCACUGAGGAGGAUGGUCCUCCCCUUCCUCCUCUGAAGAGCCUCCACUGGUAUGAUGAUAUGUCAUCUUGUAACUGUACAUCAAACAUAGUGAUCAUAAACGUUGACACUGUAUAUGACAUGAGUUUUAUGAUUUGGAGAUGUGAAGUGUACAUUUGGACUCACGGGUGUUUGGCUUGCUUUUCUUACAUCAAAGUGGUAUUUAUUAUAAUCCUCAACAUCUCAUCUUUCAAAAUACAUAGAGUCAUCUUCAUUUACAGCAUUUUCCUCACUCAGACAACAAAACAUUUGCAAAAGUUGCCCAAUUACCGGGAGGGAUGGGGUCAACAUCUGAGUGAGGGAAAUGCUGUGAAUUAAGAUGUCUCGAUGUGGUGUUCAAGUUUAGAACGGCUGUCAGCCAGAACACAUUUGGUGCUGUGAAGCGCAGAGCCAGAGCUCUGAUAUCAUGUAUAGCAUGUUAUUGUUCAGCCACUAAGUUCAAUUUUAGGUGUUUAUUAGUGCCCAAAUCUGCCAUUUCCAACCCAUAUACAGGUAUGAGUGUAAAGGGUUAAGAAAUGUAAGUGUGCUUUCAUCAGAGGUCAAUUUGUAUGGUGCUAUUAACUGUUUACAGUAUACAGUUUGAACGUGUGUUGUGGUGUCGGUCAGGAGUGCGGACGUUCGCUCCCAGCAGCGCAGGGGACGGCUUUCUGUACCUUGGUGGGCCGGCGGUGAUCCUAAGUCUGGUUGCUAUGGCGACAGAUGACGGAGCGCUGUACGCGGCAGUGAAAGUUCUGCUGUCUGUGUUGGAGACCAGCCCUGCCAUGCAGCGGGAGAUGACACGCAUCAAUGGCUACAAGGUAGGUUCAUUAGGCACCAAUUGGAAUAAAACGGACUGAUACGGAGUGAUUACCUGGACUUCUCUUGUUUUCCACUGCAUCCCCUAAUGAACACAACCCAGUCAGGUCUCUAAGUAAUGGAAUGGAUAGAAUUAUGCUGCUUCAUGACAUACAAAUCUGUACAGCCCAAACUUCUGGAUGCCCCCAAACGUAGAUGACAAUAAUUACAUUAAAAUGUGGUUGCCUUGGGAUGAUGACUCUGAUCCCCAUCUCCUCCUCACUGUCUCUAGCUCCUAGCAUUCCUGCUGAAGAUUAAGAGUGGUGUGUUGAGCAGUAGAACCUUCCAGCUGGUGCUGUCUCUGUCUGGUUCAGUGGACCACCUGGGAUCUGGAGCCGUUUCUCUACACAACAGACCCGCCUUCAACGCCCUGCUCUGUGACCUGGAGGUACCAUACUCACACCAGCCCCACACCAACCCUACAUUCACAAAUCAACUCCUAGAGCCUAUACCUAGACACCUCCCGUUAGAUAUAGACUGAGUGUACAAAACACUAGACUGACCAGGUGAAUCCAGGUGAAAGCUUUGAUCCCUUAUUGAUGUCACUUGUUAAAUCCACUUCAGUCAGUGUAUAUGAAGGGAAUAUGACAAUUGAGCCUUGGAUUGUGUAUGUGUGGUAUUCAGAGGGUGAAUGGGCAAGACUUAAUAUAUAAGUGCCUUUGAACAGGGUAGGUGCCAGGCGCACCCAUUUGAGUGUAUCAAGAACUGCAACACUGCUGGGUUUUUUAUGCUCAACAGUUUCCUGUGUGUAUCAAGAAUGGUCCACCACCCAAAGGACAUCCAGCCACUUUGACACAACUGUGGGAAGCAUUGGAGUCAAUAUGGCCCAGCAUCCCUGUGGAGCGCUUUUGACACCUUGUAGAGUCCAUGCCCGGACGAAUUGAGGCUGUUCUGAGGGGGAGGGGGUGCAACUCAAUAUUUGGAAGGUGUUCUAACAUUUGAUCCUUCCCUUGAAGGUGUGGAAGAACACUCCGGAAAGUCUGGACCUGUCAGUUCUCGAUCACCUUGCUGAAAUCCUGAAAUCAUCAAGGUACAGGAACUUCAUGAGCCAUCAAAAAUAAAUGUUGUGCUACCCUUGUUGAAAUUACACACUUACUUUACUUCAACCACAAGUAAAUUGAACAAUGAACUGCUGCACCUUCCCCCACCCUUUCCCCCAGUGGUGACCAUGGUAAUGCAAAGGUCAUGCACAACCUGGGUCUGGUGCCUAUACUGCUCUUCCUAUUGGCUGACCCAAUGGUGACCCCCAGGAAAGUCAAGGUCACCACCUGUAUCAUCACUCGCCUGCUCAGAGGACACUUCACCUCGACCGACAUACGCAGGUACACACACACACACACAUCUGUGUCACAGGCAUAUGCAGUACACACACAGAAACUGCUCAUCAGUGUUUCAUUUUAGCGUUGUCUUUUACGGGACAGCCACUCACUCUUCUUACUGUGCUGGGUGUAUGUCACUAGUGUACUAAGCCAAGUGUGUGUUUUCUAUUUGUUCCAGCCUUGGCCUCUUCCUGGUGUACACCGUGCCUCCCCCAAGUGUGAGUGAAAGCUCUGGACUCUCUGACUCUCUUGAUGAGGAAACCAAAGGUACAGCCCCACAAGUUACAAAUAGCUCUAUUCCAGUCCAGCCUAAUCAUAGUGUUUGUCAACAGACUGUGGGAUGCGACGAUGAACAAGGAACUUUGUUCAUCAUUCUAGUAUCGUCUAACACGUCUCCCCCAGAACUUAAUCGAGCAUCUGACGCCACAUUUUAGUUCUGGGUUUCCGAGAUUAAGUUCAGCCUAGCCUAACCCUAAACACAUCCUUAACGCCCCCGCUGAAAUCGAAUUAGCAUAAUAAUAAAAAAUCCCCCUCAAAAUCUGUCUGUUUAAGUUAGAGAUAUCUGUUUUUUUUGCAAUCCACCGCAUCCACCAAUGUCAGCCUUCCGCAUCUGCGGUGGAAGGUGGCAGAGCAAUAGCGGUGUUUGUCAGACCAGGAGACAUCCUGAAAAUCGGUCUUCUCACGAAAACGUCUGUAGCGUCCAAACGGUUUGGCCUACAAACUAAUAUGUCCCCUCUAUGGAAAGCCGAACACAAUGGUGUCCUAUGCUUUGCUCUAUGACCCCCACAAGAGUCACAAGACUUGUCUGAAGGUAGCCUGGUACCAGUUUAAGACCGCCGGUCUGCCAACUUCUGUCUGUAGCGUCCGAACAGUUUAGGCUACACACUAAUAUCACCCCACCAUCGAAAGGUGAGACUCUCACGAACAUGUUGGUUGUUUUGCUCUAGGACAUCCACAAGCCUCACAAGACUUGUCUGAAGGUAGCCCGGUACCAGUAAAACAAUUAUGGAAGUACAGUAUACACUUAGUGUACAAAACGUUAAGAACACCUGCUCUUUCAAUGACAUAGACUGACCAGGUGAAUCCAAGUGAACACUAUGAUCCCUUAUUGAUGUUACUUGUUAAAUCCACUUCAAUCAGUGUAGAUGAAGGGGAGGAGACAGGUUAAAGAAGGAUUCUCAAGCCUUGAGACAAUUGAGACAUGGAUUGUCUGUGUGCCAUUUGGAGGGUGAAUGGGCAAGACAAAAUAUUUAAGUGCCUUUGAACGGGGUAUGGUAGUAGGUGCCAGGCGCACCAGUUUGAGUGUGUCAAGAACUGCAACGCUGCUGUCACGCCCUGGCUCUGGGGACUCUUAAAUGUUGAGCCAGGGUGGGGAGUUUCUAUGUUGUAUUUUCUAUGUUGUGUUUUCUAGAUCGUGUGGAUCUAUGUUGGCCAGGGUGGUUCCCAAUCAGAGGCAGCUGUAACUCGUUGUCUCUGAUUGGGGACCAUACUUAGGCAGCCUGUUUGGCACUAGUCGGUGUGGGAUCUUGUUCCGUUAAGGUUUGUUUUGUGUAACCUAGGACUUCACGUUUCGUUUGUUUGUUGUUUUGUCGUGAGUUAAGUACUUAAUAAAAUGUACGCUUAUCACGCUGCGCCUUGGUCCGUAUCUUCCAUAAACGAUCGUGACAGCUGCUUGGAUUUUCAUGCUCUACAGUUUCCCGUGUGUAUCAAGAAUGGUCCACCACCCAAAGGACAUCCAGCCAACUUGACACAACUGUGGGACUGUUGGGCUUUUCACACACGACAGUGUCUAGGCUUUAACGAAAAUUGUGCAACAAACAAAAAACAUCCAGUCAGUGGCAGUCCUGUGUGAGAAAACCGCUCGUUGAUGAGAGGUCAAAGGAGAAUGUCAGGAAUCGUGCAAGCUAACACGCGGGCCACAAAGAGGCAAAUAACGGCGCAGUAAAACAGUGGUGUGCAGAACGAUUACACCGGUUCCACUACUACCAGCUAAAAACAAGAAGAAGCGUCUCCAGUGGGCACGCGAUCACCAACACUUGGCAAUUGAGGAGAGGAAAAACAUUGCCUGGUCUGAAGAAUCCCACUUCCUAUUGCGUCAGGCUGGUGGCAGUGGUGUAAUGGUGUGGGGAAUGUUUUCCUGGCACACAUUUGGUACCUUGAUAUCGAUUGAGCAACGUUUCCAUGCCCUGAAGAAUUCAGGCUGUUCUGGAGGCAAAGGGGGGUCCGACCCAGUACUAGAUGGGACACUGGCCACUGAGUGUAGGACAGACACAAAACGUACUUCCUUUUGAUAAAUGUUUUGACUAUCUGUUUUGCCAUGUAUGAAUAUGUAAUUCAAUGCAUUUCUAUGGGCUAAUAGCAGUAAGGCCAAAUUCAAAUCUUUUUUUGUGUAUAUAUUUUUAUACUUACAGGGGUCCUAAACUUCCAAAUCAAAUCGCUAAAUGAUCCUUGGUAUGGCCAUUUUAAAACAAUUCCAUAUAUUAGCUUUGUAGAAACACAUCCCCAGGCCUCUAAGACCUUAGGGGUUAACCCUUACCCCAACCACUGCCAGUGUAUAGUAAUUCUCUCCUAUCUCUCCUGUAGCCCAUAGUUUCAGUCCAGCAAGACCAGUGUGGAUCCGUAAUCAACUGCUGUCUUCUCUCUGUGACCUCAUCAGCUCAGACAGUCCUCUCACUGCAGAGUGAGUACCUGCAGGGUCAAACCUCUCACCAUAGGGUUAACAUGGGUUUCAAUGGAACUACUGCAUUUUAAACAUGUUUGAUCUACUGUGUGUGUGUCUGUGUGUGUGUGUGUGUGUGUGUUUGUGUGUGUGUGUGUCCACCUGCAGUAAGCAGAAAGAGCUGAUCCAGACGCUGGGCAUUGAUUGGUUCCUGCUGUUCCUGCAGCCCCACCUCCACCCUUCCUCCCUGUGCCUAGGGCUCCGUCUACUCACACUCCUCCUGGCCAAUCAGAGCGAGCGGAACAGCUUCAGAGAGGGCGUGUUCCCAGGGACCCUAGUAGAGAGCCUGGAUGAACCCUCUGUUGUCAUGGGUACGAUAUACUUUUGUUUAGAUACUGUAUGUUUUGUAGUUCAUUAACAUGAUUUGUAUUAUGUUUCAUAAACAUUUAAGCAAUAAGGCAUGAGAACCCGGGAUUAUUGUGUGAUAACUCCCGAAUCAACCCUUAGGAGGGAGUUAUCACUCGAUAAUCCCCGGGUUUAAGGGCAUUAUUGCUUUUAUAAAACAUUUAAGAUAAACGUUUUAUUUCAUCCUUCCACCAGACAAUAUAGUCCAGGCAAAAGCCAGUUGUUAGUUCUGAGGUUGCUAACCAAACAUAUCGUUAAUUAUUUGGGAUGUUUUGACCCAGUCUUUCAUUCUAUUCAUUCCACGUUGCUAUGCUAAAGAAAUCAUUGGUAUGUAGCUAGCUAGCUAGCAGAGGUUCAAUGAUGACGAGAGACAAGAACUUAAACAAAUAGGCCUAAUGAUUUAAUAAAUAAUUCAUACUGAACAAAAAUAUAAAUGCAACAUGUAAAGUGUUGGUCCCAUGUUUCAUGAGCUGACAUAAAAUAUCCCCAAAUGUUUCCAUAUGCACAAAAUGCUUAUUUCUCUCAAAUUGUGUGCACAAAUUUGUUUCCAUCCCUGUUAGUGAACAUUUCUGCUUUGCCAAGAUAAUCCAUCCACUUGACAGGUGUGGCAUAUCAAGAAGCUGAUUAAACAGCAUGAUCAUUACACAGGUGCAACUUGUGUUGGGGACAAUAAAAGGCCACUCUAAAAUGUGCAAUUUUUUCCCACACAACACAAUGCCACAGAAGUUUUGAGAGGGCGUGCAAUUGGCAUGAUGACUGCAGGAAUGUCCACCAGAGCUGUUGCAAGAUAAUUUAAUGUUCAUUUCUCUACCAUAAGCUGCCUCCAACGUCGUUUUAGAGAAUUUGGCAGUACGUCCAACCGGCCUCACAACCGCAGAUCACGUGCAACCACGCCAGCCCAGGACUUUCACAUCCGGCUUCUUCACCUGUAGGAUCAUCUGAGACCAACCACCCAGACAGCUGAUGAAACUGAGGAGUAUUUCUGUCUGUAAUAAAGCCCUAAUUGGCUGGGCCUGGCUCCCCAGUGGGUGGUCCUGGCUCCCAAGUGACUGCGCUCCUGCCCAGUCAUGUGAAAUCCAUAGGUUAGGGCCUAAUGCAUUUAAUUCAAUUGACUGAUUUUCUUAUUUGAACUGUAACUCAGUAAAAUCGUUGAAAUUGUUGAAUGUUGCAUUUAUAUUUUUGUUCAGUAUAUAAAUAGGCAACAAGAACUUCAGCAAAUAAUGAUUUGAUGAAUAAUGUAUAAAUAGGCAAAAACCAGCUGAUUGUCAAGUCAAUAAUAUAGUUAUGGAGGAUAGCUAGGCUAAAGGCAAGCUAACACAUAAUAACAUCAAGCAGCUGAAAUGACAGCAAACUAUGUGCAUUUUUGUUUCUUUAUUGCCAUUUCUUUGUAUAUAUCCUUUAUAAUGAUCCUGAUAAAUGAAUUUGCCUGGCCUAGAGAAGCUGUCAGUCUUACCACGUUGAUAUGCAUGACACAGUAGAGAUCGCUUAUAUUAACCCCCGCUGUACCAAACCAAAUGCUAGGCUAGGAGCAUGGGGAAAUAUUGUCUUGAUGCUUUUUUUCCGGUGUAGAUAAAGUUUAUACAUUUACUGGCUGGGCUGUGGGAGAGUCAAUGCGCAUUGAUAAAUCUAAUGGAACUGUCAACAGGCAUUACCCGUGGAAUGCGGGGAUUGUGGUGCUAUAACUCCCUGCUUUCAACCAAUCAGCAUCCAGGAUCCAAACAACACGUUUUCUAAUUGUUUAUAUUACAUGAGUAGAUAUGCAUAAAAGUUUAUACUCUCACCAUGUUGACUGUGUAGACUUACUCUCUAAUCAAUGUAUUGUUGUUGUAUGUAUUACUCUCCAACUGAGCGUAUUGUAAAACACCUUAAAUACCCACCGUAGUCUGGCACCGGUGGUGUAUUCUUUCCUUUAAUGUAUUGUAUGGUAUUUGUCUUUGUGUGUCUCCUAGACAACCUGAGAGCUUAUGAGUGGUCCUAUGAGUGUCUGAGUGUCACCUGCGCAGGCUUCGAUGUGCUGCAAAGGCUUCUGGUUCGCCAGGCUCACCUGCCUCAGGUGUACGGAGCUCUGGCCGCUCUACUGCUGGGGAAGAGAGGAGGGGAAAUACCUGCCGGACAGGUAACAUGACACUAACCUGGAUAUAAUGUAGUUUAAGUACAUUAAAGUGACUUAAGUUACAUUGAAGUGACAUGGCAAGAUAUUAGGAGCAUCUAAAUAGGGCUCCUAACACUCCUGUUAUUUUGCACUAUUCAAUUCUCAUGAUUAACUGUAAAGUAAAUCAAACAAAGCUAAAUCUAUUUUGGCAUGCAUGAGAUGAUUCCUGUGUUGGACUAUGCCUUUAAAAGUUGAUGUCCUCUGUGGUCUCCUCUGUAGCUAGAUCUGGAUGAGGUUCUGCAGGCAGUGAUUGACAGCACAGCGUACACAAACUCUGCUCCCCUACAGCUGUGUUCCAAGUCUGCAGCCAUACUACUGGAGCUGGUCAAGGCCAUCAUCACAGUGAGACAACUCGGUUCAAAACAUAACAUAGAAAUUAUUUUACAUUCUCACUCUGACGACAAUUUCACAAAUGUAGUCUCAAAGCACUUAAUAUUGUAAAUGGUUACUAUUAAUGUCAUCAGUUUGGACUUACUAUAAAACCCUUCCUCAUUCUAAAUGCUGUCCUGUCUGUUGUCGCUCUCCAUGUAUAGCGGUCAUCUGCCGCUGAUGCAUCUUGGGAGUUGCAGUUUCCCGGAAGUGUGAUGCAGUUCCUCUGUCUGGUACACAAUCACCACCCCCGAGACCCACUAUGGACGUCUCCAGAGUUUCUACACACACUCGCCAGCACUGUGUUUCCUCCAGACUACCCUGAGGUGUGUGUGUGUCUUUCUCCUCCUCUUCUUCAUCUUCCUCCUGUAGUGGCAUCAGACCUAGGAUGGGGUUUUUGAUAAAUAGUGAUAUUCUAGCUCUCAUCUCCUCAGGGUGAAGAGGAGGUGCCUAAGUGGGUGUGUCAGCCAACCAGGAAGCCGGUGUGUGACUUCAUCCGUAUCCUCUUAAUGGACAGCCUGCUCAACGUACCUGCCAAAGAACACACACACACCCUACUGCUGCUACUGGAGGUAUACACACACACACACACACACAAACACACACACACAUACAUACUGGUGAGGUUAAUAAACAACUGUAUUCCCCUGUUUUAUCCAGGAGGUGCCGCUCUUGGCCCAGUUAUGAGACAGAGAGGCAGAGUAUUCAUUGAGUACUUUUACAUGCACACUAAUAAUACAAUAUUAAACAGAUUAUGGCAGUAGGCCGAGUAUGGCAAUAGUCAUGUAAACACUUUACUCUGCUGAUCUUAAUCAGCGUAAGGUCAAAAUCGAAGUAAGCAUACACUGAUUAUAACACUUGGUUUUCUUAGCAAUCUUUCUAAUUAUUAGGACAUGUAAACAGCUUAAUCGGCGUUCCAGCAGUGUAUUUGAUCUGCCCAUGUGCCUGCACCGGUAGUGCAUGCCUCCAUCUUAUGCACGAGUGAAGUGAGUUCGAAAAAACAUCUUAGAGAUAGUUUUCACAUACAAACUUUAUAUGUCCGAACUCAAUCAAAUAGGCUUUGCAAAAUAACAUGGUCGCUGUGGUAGAACAGUUAUUUUGAUUGGCGAAAUGCGUUUUCUGCAUUUAUUUAAUUAAGUCCCAUCAGGUAGCCUGAUUUCAGAUGUGUCCAUGUAAACAGGAUUAUUAGGGAAAUCGUUCUUCUUGCAAAGCAUGUAAAUGUUUUAAACGAACUAUUAUAACUAUUUUAACUAUUGUAAUUAUUAUAACUAUCUAUAGCACGCUAGUAGAUACCCAUAGACUCACAUCUUGACUGGCUGCAUCACCGCUUCGUAUGGCAACUGCUUGGCAUCCGACCGCAAGGCGCUACAGAGGGUAGUGCGAAUGGCCUAGUACAUCACUGGGGUCGAGCUCCCUGCAUCAUGGACCUCUAUACCAGGCGGUGUCAGAGGAAGGCCCUAAACAUUGUCAUAGACUCCCGCCACCCAAGUCAUAGACCGUUCUCUCUGCUAUCGCACGACAAGCGGUACGGAUGCACCAAGUCUGGAACCAACCGGACCCUGAACAGCUUCUACCUCCAAGCCAUAAGACUGCUAAAUAGUUAGUUAAAUAGUUAAACAAUAGCUACCUGGACUAUCUGCAUUGACCCUAUUUGCACUAACUAUUUUGACUCAUCACAUACACUGCUGUUACUGUUUAUUAUCUAUCCUGUUGCCUAGUCAUUUAUCCCUACCUACAGUGGGGAGAACAAGUAUUUGAUACACUGCCGAUUUUGCAGGUUUUCCUACUUACAAAGCAUGUAGAGGUCUGUAAUUUUUAUUAUAGGUACACUUCAACUGUGAGAGACGGAAUAUAAAACAAAAAUCCAGAAAAUCACAUUGUAUGAUUUUAAAGUAAUUAAUUUGCAUUUUAUUGCAUGACAUAAGUAUUUGAUACAUCAGAAAAGCAGAACUUAAUAUUUGGUACAGAAACCUUUGUUUGCAAUUACAGAGAUCAUACGUUUCCUGUAGGUCUUGACCAGGUUUGCACACACCGCAGCAGGGAUUUUGGCCCACUCCUCCAUACAGACCUUCUCCAGAUCCUUCAGGUUUUGGGGCUGUCGCUGGGCAAUACGGACUUUCAGCUCCCUCCAAAGAUUUUCUAUUGGGUUCAGGUCUGGAGACUGGCUAGGCCACUCCAGGACCUUGAGAUGCUUCUUACGGAGCCACUCCUUAGUUGCCCUGGCUGUGUGUUUUGGGUCGUUGUCAUGCUGGAAGACCCAGCCACGACCCAUCUUCAAUGCUCUUACUGAGGGAAGGAGGUUGUUGGCCAAGAUCUUGCGAUACAUGGCCCCAUCCAUCCUCCCCUCAAUACGGUGCAGUCGUCCUGUCCCCUUUGCAGAAAAGCAUCCCCAAAGAAUGAUGUUUCCACCUCCAUGCUUCACAGUUGGGAUGGUGUUCUUGGGGUUGUACUCAUCCUUCUUCUUCCUCCAAACACGGCGAAUGGAGUUUAGACCAAAAAGCUCUAUUUUUGUCUCAUCAGACCACAUUACCUUCUCCCAUUCCUCCUCUGGAUCAUCCAGAUGGUCAUUGGCAAACUUCAGACGGGCCUGGACAUGCGCUGGCUUGAGCAGGGGGACCUUGCGUGUGCUGCAGGAUUUUAAUCCAUGACGGCGUAGUGUGUUACUAAUGGUUUUCUUUGAGACUGUGGUCCCAGCUCUCUUCAGGUCAUUGACCAGGUCCUGCCGUGUAGUUCUGGGCUGAUCCCUCACCUUCCUCAUGAUCAUUGAUGCCCCAUGAGGUGAGAUCUUGCAUGGAGCCCCAGACCGAGGGUGAUUGACCGUCAUCUUGAACUUCUUCAAUUUUCUAAUAAUUGCACCAACAGUUGUUGUCUUCUCACCAAGCUGCUUGCCUAUUGUCCUGUAGCACAUCCCAGCCUUGUGCAGGUCUACAAUUUUAUCUCUGAUGUCCUUACACAGCUCUCUGGUCUUGGCCAUUGUGGAGAGGUUGGAGUCUGUUUGAUUGUGUGUGUGGACAGGUGUCUUUUAUACAGGUAACAAGUUCAAACAGGUGCAGUUAAUACAGGUAAUGAGUGGAGACCAGGAGGGCUUCUUAAAGAAAAACUAACAGGUCUGUGAGAGCCGGAAUUCUUACUGGUUGGUAGGUGAUCAAAUACUUAUGUCAUGCAAUACAAUGCAAAUUAAUUACUUAAAAAUCAUACAAUGUGAUAUUCUGGAUUUUUGUUUUAGAUUCCGUCUCUCACAGUUGAAGUGUACCUAUGAUAAAAAUGACAGACCUCUACAUGCUUUGUAAGUAGGAAAACCUGCAAAAUCGGCAGUGUAUCAAAUACUUGUUCUCCCCACUGUAUAUAUUUUUGUUGUUGAAAUGACAUGGAAACAAUGAUGAUGCGACCAGUUUUUGCCCAGUGGGAUGCAGCUUCUCUUCUGUCAUUACUUGAUGCUCUAAAAUACUAAAUAAAGCCUUCUCACCAGAAUGUCAUAAACUGAUGGAAUGAAUGAAUCAUCAACAAUCUAGUUGACAUCUGUACAUUUUGGUCUUUCAUUUCUGCUUCUCUACGUUUAGGGACUGGGGAGAUUUUCAGUGCCAAUUUUCCAAAUGACAUCGGUUAUUGACCGGUUGUAAGGAAAUUAAAAGCUGUGAAAACCAUCCAACAUUUUUCAGAUAGUAUUUCAGUUCAUUUUGGAUGCAUAUUUUAUGUGGUCAAAAGUGAAAUACUAUCAGCUUUUAUGUCGCUGGAAAAAAUUGCAUGUUUAGGCUACACAACACUAAGUGCACAUUCACAUUUUCUCAAGACGAAAGAAAGAAAUCCUAUUUCUCCACUCCUGUUGCUGAGACAAUAUUAACAUUUGGUCUAUCAUUUUACUGCAAGAAACACUUAAUUUUUCAUGAGUAAACACUCGGAGCGCCGUAAUUCCAUAACUACUAGAAUGGCCAUCAUGGUCAUUCUGACGUUGAUUUUUCAAUUGUGUAAAUAUUCCAUAAUAAAUAAUACAUUGCUAAAUGAAUGCAUUUAUUAUGUUAAAAUAUGUCAUAAUAAACUUCAGGACACCAAAUGUAAAUUGUAAUCGGUCAUCAAAUGUAUUCAUUGAUCCAGAAGCAUUUAGACUGUAAAUUCAAAGAUAAGACUAUGGUGUAUUUUCUGACUGUAAGACAGUUGCCUGCCCAGCUAAUGGCCCAUCCAAACUACACCUAAACUAUAUUGAAACUAAUUUCACACAUACUGUAUAAUAAUAGAUGUGGCCUAAAUACCAAUUGACAAUAGUCUGAUGGGUGAGAAUAUUAUCAAUUGUCAAAUUGAGAAUGAAGAGACUGAUGACCAGCGCAGCAUGCAUUAACAAAGAAGGAAACAGAGCUUACCAAAUAGCACUUUUUCAAAUCCUCCUCCGGAGGUCCAUGCAGGCCAGAAGUUUUGAUUGCUAUACCAUAUGGAAAGGGUCAAUUCUGAGGUUUCUAAUUAACCUAGUCAUGCCAAAAUUAUCUCAAAAUUGCGCAGAUGGGCUCAAUUUCAAUAUACAACUUUUUCCUAGAAUAACCAUUUCCAUAACACUUCCUCAUGUGAGUACUGGCGAAAAUCAGUUAUAGCCAUUUGGGGAAAAUAUCCCUUCUAUUUGAUUCUGUUAUAUUCCCUUAUAUUCUUACUGUAAAAAAUAUACAGUAUGUGUUGAUGCGGUAGGGCAGGGUAAUAUAAGCGUGUGAUGUCUGCUAAAAUAACAAGUUGAUUUCGUGGCACAGCCAUAUAGCCACGGUUACUAAGCACAGAUGGGCCUAAAAUAAAAUUCAAAUCAUGCUAUUCUGUUCUUUUGAAAUAAAUUGUCUUAGUAUCAUGUUUUUUAUGACCUUCCUAAACAAAAUAUUAAUGGAUUUAUUUUUGAUUGUGUACAUUAAAUAGAUAUAUUAGACUGGUGGCUAUUGGUACUUCUCGAAGCCUGGCUAUUCUGCUGUUAAAUAUGCAUACGGUCAUUUUGAUCGUCAUGGUGCAAUCGGAAAUGUAAUCUACGUAAUCCCCAAAAGUAAUUAUUUAUCAUGAGCGGACCAUAAACAAUAAUUAGUAAUGCUGCAUAUUUUCUAAAGGUCUCUCUUGAUCAAAAUGACAGACCCCAUCGCUGUGAACGUCUCACAUAGCUCUAGCUUGGCUUCCUGAACUCGUUAGGAACGAGUUCAGGAAUAUUUCAUCUCAUAUUAAUAUUGUCAGUCUAUCACAAACAGACAGUGUGAUGUAGGGUUCAGCCUGGAGUUGAUGGACAGUCGAAAGAGCGAAUGAAAUGGUAGGAGGGACAUCCCAGCUUCAAGUGGUUUCAGAUGUCACAUCCUACGUCACACAGGCUCAGAAAAUAUACUAUUGUGUCCGUGGGAACCAGGGCUAUUGCUCAAUGCAAGCCAUUUCGAUUUUUCAAGUCAAUUUAAGUCAGAACUGUAACUAGGCCACUCAGGAACAUUCAGUGUCAUUUUGGUAAGCAAUUCCAAUAUAUAUUUGCCCUGGUGUUUUUCUGAAAGGUGAAUUUGUCUCCCAGUGUCUGUUGGAAAUCAGACUGAAUCAGGUUUUCCUCUAGGAAAAUCCUAAUUUAAAAAAACUCCCUAGUCCUUGCCAAUGACAAGCAUACCAAUAACAUGAUGCAGCCACCACCAUGGUUGAAAAUAUGAAGAGUGGUACUCAGUGAUGUGUUGUGUUGGAUUUGCCCCAAACAUAAUGCUUUGUAUUCAGGACAUAAUGUUUCUUUCUUUGCCACAUUCUUUGAAGUUUUACUUUAGUGCCUUAUUGCAAACAGGAUGCAUAUUCUGCACAGGCUUCCUUCUUUUCACUCUGUCAUUUAGGUUAGUAUUGUGGAGUAACUACAAUGUUGUUGACCCAUCCUCAAUUUUCUUCUAUCAGAGCCAUUAAACUCUGUAACUGUUUUAUAGUCACCAUUGGCCUCAUGGUGAAACCCCUGAGCGGUUUCCUUCCUCUCCGGCAACUGAGUUAGGAAGGACGCCUGUAUCUUUGUAGUGACUGGGUGUAUUGAUACACCAUCCAAAGUGUAAUUAAUAACUUCACCAUGCUCAAAGGGAUAUUCAAUGUCAGCUUUUUUCAAUGCCAUCUUCCAAUAGGUGCCCUUGCAACUUAUUAUGUGACUUGUUAAGCAUUCUUUUUACUCCUGAACUUAUUUAGGCUUGCCAUAAAAAAGGGGAUGAAUACUUAUUGACUCAAGACAUUUCAGCUUUUCAUUUUUUAUUAAUUUGUAAAUGUUUCUAAAAACAUAAUUUCACUUUGACAUAUGGGGUAUUGUGUGUAUGCCUGUCAAACAAAAUCUAAAUGUAAUCAAUUUUAAAUUCAGGCUGUAACACAACAAAAUGUGAAAAAAUUCAAGCAGUGUUAAUACUUUCUGAAGGCACUGUAUAUGCGCCAACUCAAAAACAGAAUGCUUGAGGAUCCCGGAUAAUAACGGGAUAUUGGUGUGCAUGUAAACGUGGUCACUGUAGCUAAACACCAGGGGAGAUGGAGAGAAGACAGGGAUGGCUGCUAUCUUAGGAGCACACGUUCACCCCUCUGUGUGUGUGUGUUGCAGUAUUCCCCAGAAGGAGCGUCAUUGGAGCAGAGACAGAUCUUCCAGACAGAACUGCUUGAGUUCUUCAUGGAAAUCAUCCACAUGACCAGCCAGGAGGAUGGACAUAACACACACCUCAACACACAGGGUAGAGCACACACACACACCUCACACAUGCACUCACUUAUGCACACACACACACACACACACACACACACACACACACAUGCACAGGCACACACCUCACAUAUGCACAUGCAUUCACGCACGUACACAGACAAAAUUAUUUCCCAUGCAAAUGGGCAAUAAAAUAUUGUAUCAUAUCACUCAACAGAUCUUUCCCUCUCUGUCACCAGAGUCAAACUCCCAGAGACCUGAGGGGCAGAUGGCCACACUGAUGGAGAACAUGGUGUUUUUCAGUCAGAAGUGUCUGGAGAAACUCUACAGUGGGAUGUUUCUGGUUGAGCCAGAGUCCCUGCUCACCUUCCUAGCUGACCAGAUAGUGGUGGUGAGAAACACUCUGAAUGCUAUGUGCUGCCUUGGGUGUCAGUAACGUUACAGAAUGUUCAGAUAAAAAUGUAAUGUGAAACACAAACAUGAUUGUCCUUCAUUUACGGAGUAAGUCAAGUCAUGUCAGCUCUAUUCAGCUCUAUUCCUAACAUUUUUGGUGGCGUUCCAGGCUGACUACAUUGCAGUCGCCUGCCAUAUCUCGCAACGCCUGGAUAAGUGUUAAACAAAUUAGCUAACCACAUUAUUUGAUGUAGCAGUCUGAUGUCCGACUUCGAAGUCGGUAACGUGGCAUGAAACUGCAACCACAAUUGCACACAUCACAACUACAAUGUAACAUAGGCCUUCUGUCUAUCUGCAACGGUCUGAACGUUUUCACCUGCUAUUAGGUGUUGGAGAAGAGCCUAUCACAGAAAGAGAACACAGUCUCCUCCCUCUACACCAGCACCAACCGAGCCCUGCUCUACUUCCUGUCCCGCCCACAACACACACAGGCCGAACAGGAAGCGGUCAUCAGUACGCUGCAGGUGGUCAUGGCGCGCUGGGACGUAGUCAUGGCAACCUACAAUGCCAACGUGAACUUCAUUACCUGCCUGUUGCACUGUCUACUGUUAAUACGAUCUGGCAGGUAGGUUACACACGUGUACGCACGCAUAAGUGCACACACACACGUGCGUGCACGCGCACACUCAUACACACACAAAUGUACACAGUGUGUUAAAGAGUUAGUCCUAUGAUUGGCCUUGUGAUCAUGGAAGCUUUGUGCAGUGGUGAUUUUAUCAUGUAAAUCUUGGUGGGGCAAACUCCCCCAAACAUUUUUUAGAUGCAUGCCAGCAAAGCAACUAGACAACACAACACUAAACAAUACAUGAAUUGCACUACAACGGUGACAAACGGUGCCCACAAACUGUUAGGGCCUACAUAAAGCUGUCACAACAGCAGUGCUUUCUUUUCAGCACCAUGGAGUGAAUCCUUACCACUGCUACACCUGGCUAUCAGCGGAACCUUGUCUGGCAGCAAAACAGUUAAUUUAGCCUCAUUUACUGCCUUUAAAAAAAACAUAGCUGAUAUGGCUGACUUGCUUAAACAAAUGGGGUUUCUACUGACAAUUGAGAUGUACAAACUAUGGCAUAAGGGAACGAUGAGUGGAUAAGAGGCAAUCCGUAAUUUUGUUUAAGACAUUAAUGAGCGAGCUAAGACGGACGUAGUCAAUUUAACUAUUUGUUCAGCACUUUUGAAAUGUACAGCGACAGAAUUCAGAACAUGGGCCAUUCUUACAGUAUUCUCCUUGUACACAAGUCAGAACCGUAAGAUAAAUCAAGGGGGAAUAUAAGCAGACAAUGAAAGCUCUUACAAUAUUCGAUGAUGACAUUUCUCUAAAACAGGCUAUAGGCUAAAUGUGCACCACCAAGUCAGAACAGUAGGCUAAGUUAUGAGGAGGAAAGGGUGAGGCACAUGGGCUACUAUCAGCUUACUACACAACAUACACUUAGUAUUACUUUCUUAGUUACAGUAUACAUAUCUCCCUUUCAUAUUACAUCAUUUACGCAGUAGCAUACAAUAUAUUUUUUGACUCACCUUGUUGUGGGCAAAUUUUGUCAUCAAACUUUGUCAUUAAAGUCUGUCAUUCUCUGGAUUUAUGGUGCUUUCAAGACAACUGGGAACUUGGAGAAUAAACAAGGUCGAAUCAUGACGUCAGUGAGCUUUAGGUCGGACCUCUAGAAAGAGGCCAGAGUUCCCGACUUGGAAUUCCGAGUUUGAUUACCGUUCAAAACGUAUUUUCCCAGUCGGAGCUCAUAUCUUCCUGAGUUCCCAGUUUUCUUGAACUCACUGAAAUCUGAGAUUUCCCAGUUCUGAGUUUCCAGUUGUUUUGAACGCGGCAGAAGUCAUGCUGGAUUGACAGCAUGGCCAAUGUAUUCAACCUUUUCUGGCCCAUGCUGUUGCAUGAGAAUGUUUAUCCUUUUAAGCUUGGAAAAGAGACCCUUAAACCCAGACUUGGACCACACACGCUCUCCACUGAAUAGCAAGCUAGUGAUUGCUUUGCAAAGCUUGCAGUUAGCCACUGAUUCCUUCCAAACCACUCAUUGUUGAAUUUGCGAUUUCCAACUUGCUGUGUAUGUUUAAGUCCAAUGGCCGAUUAGCACCGAUACGUUUUAUCUAUAAUUUAUUUUCAUAUGACAAGGAUUGAAAAGGAUUUGCUAGUAGAUGGUCGACUUGAUUCAUGAUGAUGACUGCUUGUUUUGCUUGCUAGCUAAGAUUUUGAUCAGUCCAAUAAAAGCUACAGUAGAUAUAACAUGAUUUGACAUCAUUUUAUCUGUGUUCAUUGACCUUCAGCCUGCUUGGACGGGCACUUCUAAUGUAAAUCUAUGUCAGCACUCACGGUGCUUGAAUUUUCAAACUCUCCCUGUAGAUUUUGCGGGGACGUAGUGUCCCCAUGAGUGACAGAACACUGAGCCAAUCACAGCACAACUAGAGAACAUUACCAACGCCUACGCUCUGUAUUUUCUGCUGGCUGCCCCUCCACCACAGAAAGCUAGGCUGAAACACCUGCAUUUUGGAGCUGCCUUACUCAAGAAAGCAAAAAAGAGACCAUGUUUGUAUGUGGCUUAUUAACGCGGAGAUUUUUUUUUUUUUACAUUGUUUGCAAACUGAUGUGACAUUUAUUCAUGCCAAAAUAAUGUGCAAAACAGGCAACAACAAAAAAAUUCUAUAUAUUUUAGCUUUGAUUGGACUGAUCAUGUCAACAUCAUACUUUCAAAAUCUUAGCUAGCAAGCUAGACAAGCAGUCAUCAUCAUGAAUGAAGUCGACACAAAUUAUAUAUAUACAGUUGAAAUCGGAAAAUUACACUUAGGUUGGAGUCAUUAAAACUCAUUUUUUCAACCACUCCACAAAUGUCUUUUUAUCAAACUAUAGUUUUGACAAGUCAUUUUUCCAACAAUUCUUUACAGACAGAUUAUUUAACUUAUAAUUCACUGUAUCACAAUUCCAGUUGGUCAGAAGUUUACAUACACUAAGUUGACUGUGCCUUUAAACAGCUUGGAAAAUUCCAGAAAAUGAUGUCAUGGCUUUAGAAGCUUCUGAUAGGCUAAUUGACAUGCUUUUAGUCAAUUGGAGGUGUACCUGUGGAUGUAUUUCAAGGCCUACCUUCAAACUCAGUGCAAUUUCCAAAUGCAUGAAGGUACCACGUUCAUCUGUACAAACAAUAAUACGCAAGUAUAAACACCAUGGGACCACGCAGCCGUCAUACCGCUCAGGAAGGAGACGCGUUCUGUCUCCUAGAGAUGAACGUACUUUGGUGCGAAAAGUGCAAAUCAAUGCCAGAACAACAGCAAAGGACCUUGUGAAGAUGCUGGAGGAAACAGGUACAAAACCUAUCUAUAUCCACAGUAAAACGAGUCCUAUAUCGACAAAACCUGAAAGGCCGCUCAGCAAGGAAGAAGUCACUGCUCCAAAACCGCCAUAAAAAAGCCAGACUACGGUUUGCAACAGCACAUGGGGACAAAGAUCAUACUUUUUGGAGAAAUGUCCUCUGGUCUGAUGAAACAAAAAAUAGAACUGUUUGGCCAUAAUGACCAUCGUAAUGUUUGGAGGAAAAAGGCGGUCGCUUGCAAGCCGAAGAGCACGAUACCAACCGUGAAGCACGGGGGUGGCAGCAUCAUGCUGUGGGGGUGCUUUGCUGCAGGAGGGACUGGUGCACUUCACAAAAUAGAUGGCAUGAUGAGGAAGGAAAAUGAUGUGGAUAUAUUGAAGCUACAUCUCAAGACAUCAGUCAGAAAGUUAAAGCUUGGUCGCAAAUGGGUCUUCCAAAUGGACAAUGACCCCAAGCAUACUUCCAAAGUUGUGGCAAAAUGGCUUAAGGACAACAAAGUCAAGGUGUUGGAGUGGCCAUCACAAAGCCCUGACCUCAAUCCUAUAGAAAAUGUGUGGGCAGAACUGAAAAAGCGUGUGCUAGCAAGGAGGCCUACAAACCUGACUCAGUUACACCAGCUCUGUCAGGAGGAAUGGGCCAAAUUUCACUCAGCUUAUUGUUGGAAGCUUGUGGAAGGAUACCCAAAACGUUUGACCCAAUUUAAACAAUUUAAAGGCAAUGCUACCAAAUACUAAUUGAGUGUAUGUAAACUUCUGACCCACUAGGAAUGUGAUGAAAGAAAUAAAAGCUGAAAUAAAUAGUUCUCUCUACUAUUAUUCUGACAUUUCACAUUCUUAAAAUAAAGUGGUGAUCCUAACUGACCUAAGACAGGGAAUGUUUACUAGGAUUUAAUGUCAGGAAUUGUGAAAAACUGAGUUUAAAUGUAUUUGGCUAAGGUGUAUGUAAACUUCUGACUUCAACUGCAUUUAUAUACAGUACCAGUCAAAAGUUUGAACACACCUACUCAUUCAAGGGUUUAUCUUUAUUUUUACUAUUUUCUACAUUGUAGAAUAAUAGUGAAGACAUCAAAACUAUGAAAUAACAUAUAUGGAAUCAUGUAGUAACCAAAAAGGUGUUAAACAAAUCAGAAUAUAUUUUAUAUUUGAGAUUCUUCAAAGUAGCCCCCUUUGCCUUGAUGACAGCUUUGCAUGCUCUUGGCAUUCUCUCAACCAGCUUCACCUGGAAUGCUUUUCCAACAGUCUUGAAGGACUUCCCACAUACGCUUAGCACUUGUUGGCUGCUUUUCAUUCACUCUGCGGUCCAACUCCUCCCAAACCAUCUCAAGUUGGUUGAGGUCGGGUGAUUGUGGAGGCCAGGUCAUCUGAUGCAGCAUUCCAUCACUCUCCUUCUUGGUAAAAUAGCCAUUACACAGCCUGGAGGUGUGUUGUGUCAUUGUCCUGUUGAAAAACAAAUGAUAGUCCCACUAAGCGCAAACCAGAUGGGAUGGCGUAUCGCUGCAGAUUGCUGUGGUAGCCAUGCUUGUUAAGUGUGCCUUGGAUUCUAAAUAAAUCUCUGACAUUGUCAUCAGCAAAGCACCCCCACACCAUCACACCUCCUCCUCCAUGCUUCACAAUGGGAACCACACAUGCAGAGAUCAUCUGUUCACCUACUCUGUGUCUCACAAAGACACGGCGGUUGGAACCAAAAAUCUCAAAUGUGGACUCAUCAGACCAAAGGACAGAUUUCCACCGGUCUAAUGUCCAUUGCUUGUGUUUCUUGGCCCAAGCAAGUCUCUUCUUCUUCUUAUUGGUGUCUUUUAGUAGUGGUUUCUUUGCAGCAGUUCGACCCUGAAGGCCUGAUUCACACAGUCUCCUCUGAACAGUUGAUGUUGAGAUGUGUCUGUUACUUGAACUGGUAACUCUAAUGAACUUAUCCUCUGCAGCAGAGAUAACUCUGAGUCUUCCUUUCCUGUGGCGGUCCUCAUGAGAGCCAGUUUCAUCAUAGCGCUUGAUGGUUUUUGUGACUGCACUUGAAGAAACGUUCAAAGUUCUUUAAAUGUUCCAUAUUGACCUUCAUGUUUUAAAGUAAUGAUGGACUGUCGUUUCUCUUUGCUUAUUUGAGCUGUUCUUGCCAUAAUAUGGACUUGGUCUUUUACCAAAUUGGGCUAUCUUCUGUAUACCACCUCUACCUUGUCAUAUCACAACUGAUUGGCUCAAAGGCAUUAAAACGGAAAGAACUUCCACAAAAUAACCUUUAACAAGGCACACCUGUUAAUUGAAAUACAUUCCAGGUGACUACCUCAUGAAGCUGGUUGAGAGAAUGCCAAGUGUGUGCAAAGCUGUCAUCAAGGGAAAGGGUGGCUACUUUGAAGAAUCUCAAAUAUAAAAUAUAUUUUGAUUUUUUAACAGUUUUUUGGUUACUACAUGAUUCCAUAUGUGUUAUUUCAUAGUUUUUAAGUCUUCACUAUUAUUCUACAAUGUAAAGAAAAACCCUUAAAUGAGUAGGUGUGUCCAAACUUUUGACUGGUACUGUAUAUGUAUAUUUUUUGCUCAACAGUUGGGGCUCAAAACAGGUUGGGCUCGGCCCAACCUGCCCUGAAUGACGGGUCGCCACUGGCUUUGUAUUAAUUGUAGGUAUUGUUUGUGUGCCCUACAGCUACCCAGAAGGCUUUGGGUGUGAAAGGCACAAGAAACACCAUCGGAGAAUCCUGUCUCAUCUGUUCUCUCUCAAGACCAGCCGCACUACCACACUCAGCCAAGUACCUGACUCAGACACAGGUAGGACUGUCUGUGCAUGUGUGACAGUAGUGACAGCUGAGCUGAUGUCCCUGGUCGAGGCCUGCACCCAUCACACAUAAGAUUGAGCUGUAUUUGUGUGUGUCUGUUACAGAGCUGAUGUCCCUAGUAGAGUGUGUGUGGUCUAAGAUCCUGACUGAGAGACGCACCAUUCUAGAAGACACCUAUAAGAUUGAGUUGUCAGCCAAUCAGACGCAGAAGAUGGGACCUGUUAGCAUGAGUGACAUCAGCCCGCUGUGGGAAGAGACAGCACUCAAGGUGUGGCAGUUAUACACAGGUGAGACCACACACAGGCAUGGACGUAGACACACAUCACUCGGGUAUUCACACAGGUGAGACCACACACAUCAAUGGACGUAUAUACACAUCCCUCAGGCAUAAACACAGGUGUGAUGCAGGCCUGCACAGAAUAUCAGAUCUUUAUGCCUGCAAAAGUGAACCACAUCAAUAUGAUCUACUGAUCUUGUAAUAUGCUCAGUCCUGCACUUGUAUUUGUGUAAAUUUCUGACUGAAGGACUGACUUACUGACUAAUUGAUUGAUUGAUUGAUGGUUUUUGUCCCGUCAGACAAUGUGAAGAGGAAGCUGACUAGCACCAUCCAGAGGAAACAUGGUGUAAUCAGCUCUGCUAUUCGCUCUGUCCACAAACGACUGGGGAGAGAGACUGGCACUGUGGAGGUAACACACACACGCACGUACUCACACACACACUCAUCAUGAAUCAUCAUCAUCACAGGAGGAAGUGCUUGAGAUGGAGCCUGUGUUUCACCUAUCAAAACGUGUAUGAUAGUAUGGGAGGUAUGAAGGAAGGCCAAGCUUCACUGGACACGUAGCACAAGCAUAGUGUCCGUGUGUGUUUGUUGAUAUUACUAUACUUGUGAGGACCUUGAGUGUGUGUGUCCUUAGGGGAAUGUCGGUUUAUUAGCUACAUGAUGUCUUUGUCACACACAUGCCACUAAACCCCCUCACACACGCACACACACACACAGACACACCCACACAGUCUUGUAUAACUAACCUUGUGGGGAAGCACAAUUCAGUCCCAUUCAAAAUCCUAUUUUCCCUAACUCCUUACCCUAAACCUAACCUAACCUUAACCCUAACCCUAAAUUUAACCCCAAACCUAACCUUAACACUAACCCUAAACCUUAGCUCCUAACCCUAAAACAAAAACCCUAGCUCCUAACCCUAAACCUAAUUCUAACACUAAUUUGAACCUUAACCCCCUAGAGCCCCGUGUAGCUCAGUUGUUAGAGCAUGGCGCUUGCAACGCCAAGGUUGUGGGUUCGUUUCCCACGGGGGGCCAGGGGGCCCAGUAUGAAAAUGUAUGCACUCACUAACUGUAAGUCGCUCUGGAUAAGAGCGUCUGCUAAAUGACUGAAAUGUAAAAUGUAAAUAGCAUUUGACCUUGUGGGGACUAACAAAAUGUCACCAGUUGGUUAAAAAAAAAAUCUGUUGUAAUUUCUUCUGAUCCCCACAAGUAUAGUCAAACCCGUCAACAUGCAUGCCAAGCACCAUACACACACACACCAAUGUCACUGUGCUGUGUGCGUUGGUCCGUCCAGCCCUGUGGGUGUGUUUAGAUUAUUUCUGUAAAUGGAUCUGGAUUGUCCCAUCUGACCGCCCCUCAGUGGGCCCAGUAAUUGAUAUCUGUUAGUUUUAUCUGUAGUAAUACACAGACACACACACACACGCUCAGGCUGCUGUUGAAGGUUAAAGACGCGCUUAUUGUUGUUUUCCCCCCCGAAACACGCUGCCCACAUCAUUAUUUCCCCCUGCAGAUGAAGACGUCGCGCCAUCUGGAUCAGGACGUGGGGACGUAUUACUCAUGCGCACAGGCAUGAAAUUACAGCGUCUGUCUGUCUUUCAGUCUCGCCCCCACAAACGGUGUUUGUUUGUGUGUGUGUGUGUCUGUGCGUGUCUUUCUCUUUCUGUGUGUGUGUGUAUCUCGAACCACAGGCAUUGGUAAUUUUUGCAGUACCAGUCUGAUGAAAACAUGUUUCAUUUUGUGUUCUUCUGCUGACAGCCCAUCAACUGCUUGAUGAAUGGUCUCUACCUUCUGAAAGGCAGAGCAGUCAGGAAAUAGGACUUAACAGAAUAUUUUCUUCAUCAGAUUGGUCCCGCAACAAGCAGUGUUUGUCAGACCAUGAGACAUCCAGAAAAUCGGUCUUCUCAUGUAAACGUCUGUAGCGCCUGAACGGUUUGACCUAAAAAACUAUAAUGACCACUUUAUGGAAAGGAGAGACUCUCACGAACACGAUGAGUCAGGAGACUCGGCUGAAGUUGGUACCGUCGAUGUGCCAACUUCUGUUUGGUAGCGUCCCAACCGUUUGGGCUACAAACUAAUGGGACCCCAAUGUGGAAAGGGGAGAUUCUCACGAACACGAUGGUGUUCUCUGUUUUGGUCUACAACCCCCACAAGUGUCACGGGAUUUGUCUGAAGAUAACCUGUACCUGUAUAAAAAAACGAAUGGAAGUAUGAAGGUAGUUUUGUGCCUACGCAAAAAAUAUACACAGUGCCUUCGGAAAGUAUUCAGACCCCUUGACUUUUUCCUUAUUUUGUUACAUUACAGCCUUAUUCUAAAAAAUCAUCAAUCUACACACAAUAUCCCAUAAUGACAAAGCAAAAACAGGUUUUUUGACAUUUUUGCUAAUUUAUUAAAAAUAAAAAAACUGAAAUAUCACAUUUACAUAACUAUUCAGACCCUUUACUCAGUACUUUGUUGAAGCACCUUUGGCAGCAUUUACAGCCUCGAGUCUUCUUGGGUAUGACGCUACAAGCUUGGCACACCUGUAUUUGGGGAGUUUAUCCCAUUCUUCUCUGCAGAUGCUCUCAAGCUCAGUCAGGUUGGAUGGGGAGCGUUGCUGCACAGCUAUUUUCAGGUCUCUCCAGAGAUGUUCGAUCGGGUUCAAGUCCGGGCUCUGGCUGGGCCACUCAAGGACAUUCAGAGACUUGUCCCAAAGCCACUGUGUUGUCUUGGCUGUGUGCUUAGGGUCGUUGCCCAGUCUGUCCUGAGCGCUCUUCAAGGAUAUCUCUGUACUUUGCUCCGUUCAUCUUUGCCUCAAGCCUGACUAUUCACCCAGUCCCUGCCGCUGAAAAACAUCCCCACAGCAUGAUGCUGCCACCACCAUGCUUCACAGUAGGGAUGGUGCCAGGUUUCUUCCAGACGUGACGCUUGGCAUUCAGGCCAAAGAGUUCAAUCUUGGUUUCAUCAGACCAGAGAAUCUUGUUUCUCAUGGUCUGAGAGUCUUUAGGUGCCUUUUAGCAAACUCAUGUGCCUUUUACUGAGGAGUGGCUUCCGUCUGUCCACUCUACCAUAAAGGCCUGAUUGGUGGAGUGCUGCAGAGAUGGUUGUCCUUCUGGAAGGUUCUCCAAUCUCCACAGAGGACCUCUAGAGCUCUGUCAGAGUGACCAUCGGGUUCUUGGUCACCUCCCUGACCAAGGCCCUUCUCCCCCGAUUGCUCAGUUUGGCCGGACGGCCAGCUCUAGGAAGGGUCUUGGUGGUUCCAAACUUCUAUAUAAGGUCCCCCAGAUCUGUGCCUCGACACAAUCCUGUCUCGGAGCUCUACGAACAAUUCCUUCGACCUCUUGAUUUUUGCUCUGACAUGCAUUGUCAACUGUGGGACCUUAUAUAGACAGGUGUGUGCCUUUCCAAAUCAUGUCCAAUCAAUUGAAUGUACCACAGGUGGACUCCAAUCAAGUUGUAGAAACAUCUCAAGGAUGAUCAAUGGAAACAGGAUGCACCUGAGCUCAAUUUCGAGUCUCAUAGCAAAGGGUCUGAAUACUUAGGGAAAUAAGGUGUUUUAUUAUGUUGUUAUUUUAAUAAAUUAGCAAAAAAUUAUAAAAACCUAUUUUUGCAAUGCCAUUAUGGGGUAUUGUGUGUAGAUUGAUGAGGAUUUAUUUUUAUUUAUUCCAUUUUAGAAUAAGGCUGUAACAUAACAAUGUGGACAAAAUCAAGGGGUCUGAAUACUUAUGUAAAUAAGGUAUUUCUGUUUUUUCUUUUUUUAAUAUAUUUCCUUAUUUAAAAAAAAUAUUUCAUAGAUUUCGGACAGACACUUCAAAACCUUGUUUCUUAUGAUUUAUUUUUUGACUUUCCUUUUUGCCAUUUUUGAACGUGUUAUUCAAUGCGUUUCUAUGGGCUUUAGUAGUAACGGCCAAAGUCAAUAUUUUAUCCAAAUGUAUUUUUUUUCUUCUUUUUUUUCUAAAGUGAUCCUAAAAUUCCACAUCAAAUAGCUAAAUGAUCCAUAGUAUGACCAUCUUAAAACAAUCCAUAUGUCAUUUUAGCACCACCCCCCCCCCCCCAAUGCUAAUGCUAAUCAUUGGUGCCUGAGACAAGGUGCCCAUGGUAAAUGGUUGCAGAUAGCAGCAGCAUACUGCAUGGAGAGACUGACAGACAGACUGGGAGCAGUCAAAUGCUUUCAGGGAUUAAUUUCAGCAGCGUUCUAUAAUUCUAUCUGUGUCUUCACAUUAUAAAGAUAAUUAACAGGACUAAUGAUCAUGUUAAGUUCAUUACCAGUCACCGCCAGCACACAGUGAAGUUGACAUUAGGUUGCCCCCCACACACACACACACCAUCAUCAGAGUUGGUGCGUUGUUGGGAAGUCAUUAAAAUGGAAAUGAGAGUGUGUGAUGUUGUGAUGUUAAUUGCAUAGAGGAAGAGAUGAGUUAUGUUAUUUAAUGCAGCGUUUAAAGAGCCAAUGAGGUUGCUAUCUGCUAAUAAGGGUAAUUAAUGCUAUAUAUUACUUAUGUUUGUCCAAGUUAAGAAAUGAAAUUAUAGAUGGUGGUGACGGCAGCAACGCUGUGUUUAUCUGUCAAAACGCGGCUUUAUUUUAUAAACUUUAUUAGGCCCGUUUCUUCUCUCUCUUUAAUAUUUCUUCAAUUUCGCUUCCAAUUCUUCCUUCAUUUGUUUCUGUCUUCUAUACUGUAUUGUCACAUUUGUGCCUGCUUUUGAAAUGCCAUAUACAGUCACUGGGGUGUUUUAAUAUGGUCAUACCAUGGAUCAUUCAGCUAUUUGAUUUCGAAUUUUUUUUAGGUAUAAAAAAGAUAUACAAAAAUAUAUAUUUGAUAAAAUAUUGAAUUCGGCCUUUACUACUAUAGCCCAUAGAAACACAUUGAAUAACACAUUCAUAAAUGGCAAAAAAGACAGUCAAAAAAUAAAUCAUAAGGAAUAAGGUAUUGAAGUGUCUGUCCUAUAUCUAGGAGAUAUAAGAAAGCUCAGGAAAUAUUUUUAUUUUUUUGGACACAUAUUUACCCCCUUAUUUUUGUUGGCACAAAACUACCUCCAUACUUCCGCUCGUUUGUAUCGGUUUCCUUCAGACGAGUCCUAUGACACUUGUGGGGGUCACAGAGCAAACCGGAGAACACCAUCGUGUUCGAGAAAGUCUCCCUUUUCCACAUAGUGGUCAUAAUAGUUUGUAGACCAACCCGUUCGAACGCUACAGACGUUUUCGUGAAAAUACCGAUUUUCAGGAUGUCUCAUGGUCAGACAAACACCACUGUAGCUCGGCCACCUUCCACCGCAGAUGCGGAAGGCCAACAUAGGUGGAUGCAGUGGAUUGAGACGCAGCCCAUGCACAAAACUGAUAUCUCUAGCUUAAACUGACAGAUUUUGAUGGGGAUUUUGUUAUUAUGUUACAAAAUAUUUAUUAAACUAUGCAUUUAUUCCCCCUGGUGGAGGCAGUAGAGCAGAUAAAUAUGAUUUAUAAUAUCACAAAGAAAGUUGCCAUGCACGACCAUGACUGAAGCUCUAGUCUACAGCAUGUUCAUUUAGUCUGUAGUGUUCUGUCUGUAACCGACUGAAAUCUGCUUUCUCGGUCACACGUUAUGGCAGGAGACGUGUUGUUUCACUACCCCUCUCAGUGAGGCCUAUGUUGUGAUGAUUGUCUUAAUGAUUCUCUGAGCCGUGCCAAUGUGAGUCCUAAGUGUCACUAGCUAGCGCUAAUGUAGUAGAAGGACACACGCGUGCACGCACGCACACACACAAAGACACACACAGACACACCAUUGCACCCUGCCCACUGCAGCGGCGUACCACUGAGAUAUUAAUGUUUAAGCUAAUUAGAUCACAGACACCAAAUGUUUGGAUCCAUAGACAGUAUUAUUGGAAAGCUGCAUAGCCACUAGCUUAUUUCACCCACUGAAUGCAAUUUAUAUGAGCUGUAAUUGUAUGAGCGUAUGGUAAUUUCAUGAUGAAACAAACAAUACUAAUAUGAAUUUGCCGUAUGGGAAGGGGGUGUUUUAGGCUACAGCAAGGUCAUAAGGAAAAUAUGGGACAUUGUUUUUCAUACAGAAUAAGGUGUGUUGUUUUUACACACACAUUAUUGUAGAUCUGGUCUAAAUGAACUAAACUGAACAUUGAUUAUAAUUUAUUAGAUAUUUGUUUUAUGAUGGAACACACUUCGAGGGAUAGUCAUAGUAGUGUUGCCUGACGACUCAAACUGAUUUAUUUCGCUGCUUUAUGUUCGCUACAUACACUAUAUAACCAAAAGUAUGUGGAACAUCUCAUUCCAAAAUCAUGGGCAUUAAUAUGGAGUUGGUUCCUCCUUUGCUGCUUUAACACCCUUCUUUCCACUAGAUGUUGGAACAUUGCUGCUGUGACUUGCUUUCAGCCACAAGAGCAUUAGUGAGGUUGGCCACUGAUGUUGGGCGAUUAGGCCUGGCUCGCAGUCGGCGUUCCAAUUCAUCCAAAAGGUGUUCGAUGGGGUUGAGGUCAGGGCUCUUUGCAGGCCAGUCAAGUUCUUCCACACUGAACUCUACAAACCAUUUCUGUAUGGACCUCGCUUUGUGCACGGGGGCAUUGUCAUGCUGAAACGGGAAAGGGCCUUCCCCAAACUGUUGCCACAAAGUUGGAAUCACAGAAUCGUCUACAAUUUAAUUGUAUGCUGUAGCGUUAAGAUUUCCCUUCACUGGAACUAAGGGGCCUAGCACAAACAUUCCUCCCCCACCAAACACUAUACAUUGGGACAGGUAAACCCAGAUUUGUCCAUUGGAUUGCCAGAUGGUGAAGUGUGAUUAAUCACUCCAGAGAACACGUUUCCACUGCUCCAGAGUCCAAUGACGGCGAGCUUUACACCACUCCAGCCGAUGCUUGCCAUUGCGCAUGGUGAUUUUAGGAUUGUGUGCGGCUGCUCGGCCAUGGAAACCCAUUUCAUGAAGCUCCCGACGAAAAGUUAUUGUGCUGACGUUCUUCCAGAAGCAGUUUGGAACUCGUUAGUGGGUGUUGCAACCGAGGACAGACGAUUUUUACGCACUACUUGCUGCUGAGCCGUUGUUGCUCCUAGAUGUUUCCACUUCACAAUAACAGCUCUAGCAGGGCAGAAAGGUGGCAUCCUAUGACGGUGCCACGUUGAAAGUCACUGAGCUCUUCAGUAAGGCCAUUCUACUGCCAAUGUUUGUCUAUGGAGAGUGCAUGGCUGUGUGCUCAAUUUUAUACACCUGAAAUACCCAAAUCCACUCAUUUGAAGGGGUGUCCACAUACUUUUGUAUAUAUAGUCUACUUCAGUCUGAGACUGCCAUCUUUGAAGUCAUUUGUGGUGAUGUCAAAAUGAGGUCUGUUGUACAAAACAAAGUAAUCCGCGAUUGGAUCAUCUCUAACCAGAGUAUCAAAGCCAAUUACAAAUUUUUUCUAAAUGCUGCUUUACCCUCAUGUGUGUUCUGGCUCUGGCCCAACCCAUCAGUUUCUGGGACCAAUCAGAACAGUUAGAAUGUGUUUGCGUUCUAGAAAUUGUCGGGGCGAUACUCAGAUCCUGACUCAUUGUGGAGAAGAAACUACAAGUGAAAUAGCGUUUGGCCGGAGCAAGGAGUUUGGGUAGCCAGACAAAUAGUACUGGUCAUCAUACUGUGCUCUUAAUAAAACAUGAUUCUCGUGUUUCCUCCUUCUGCCUUCCUUCCUGCAUCUUAAUCGGAGGCUUUUUCCUUUCUUCUCAUUCCUUUCUAGCGUCUCGAGCGCGCUCGAGCGAGAGGGGCGACGAAGAUAGAGCGAUAUCCUGCGAUAUCGAGUAAAGAGCGGUGAGCGUCUCUCUCUCUCAUCGUCUCUCUCUCUCUCUCUCUUCUCUCUCUCUCGUUCUCCUCUCUCUCUCUCUUCUCUCCUUCUCUCUCUCUCCUCUCUUCUCUUUGCUCUCUCCUCUCUAGAGUUCUGUCCCUUUGCAGGAGACCCAUUUGAAGAGAGGUCAGGAGAUGUUUGAGAAGCUGAGGAAGAACCACACACAGGUAUUGGGAGAUGUUUUGUGCCCAUGUAGAAUGUGAUUUUUACGUUCCUCUUAUGUUCCCCGAGCAUAUUUUUACGUUCCUACAGUAUUCCUAUUACGUUCCCCGAGCAUAAUUUUACAUUCCUCUUAUGUUCCCCCAACAUAAUGAUGACAUUCCUCUUAUGGUUCCCCAACAUAAUUCUGACAUGCCUCUGUUUCCCUAACAUAAUUUUCACGCUCUUCUUAUCUCCCCCCCCAAAAAAUUUUUAACAUUCCUCUCCCUCUCUCUCCUGCAGCUGCGUGUUUGUGAGUGGGAGCGGUUGGGGACUAUGUGGCUGCGAGUGGAGGAGGAGCUGCUAAGGGAGAGGGGUGUGUUUGGCCCGGGGCCGGGGGUGGUCCUGACAAGAGGCUGGGUCCAGGAUGCAGCUGAGGGCCCCAACCGCACCAGGCCUCGCAUCCGCAGGAGAGCCCAGCGACGCUCCAAACGG